GUCCUGCUAAAUUCAAUUUGCUGUAUUGUUAGCUUAAUUAUCAAACAUUCUUCUCUGCAGCAUCUUUGGUUAACUAGCUCCGAAGGUUGACGUAUCGUUGAGCGCUUCUUGCCUUAAUCAAAACAUAAUAAUCAAAAUAUAUUGAUACACCAUUUUAAUAUCCAAAUCGCUUAGCAUCCAUCUAUGCCUAGAAAAACUAAACGUAUUUCACAAAAUGAUCAUAAACUAAUUCUUACCACGUUUUGUAGGUGGUUCGUCCGCAUCAUCAUUUGACCGCGAGGAAUUCAGAUUCUUAAUGGAAUCAUGACUGUCAGAUGAUAUAUUAAGAUACCCAGUGGGAAACCUCGUUUCGCAAUCGCUGUUUUGAAACGUCUCAUUAUUUCCAUGAAUUUGUAAUGUUUUAUUCUGGUCAAUCGCUUUACAUGUGUACUCAUAUAUUUGGUCGCAAAGAAAUCCUUCGAUUUCCGAAUUGCUAUCUUCAUUGCUCUUUGCAUCAUAGUUUUUCUGGAUCUUACUUGACUCAUCCAUUUUUGAUGUUUCCGCGCAACUGUCUGAAUUGGAGAUUUCACUAAUUGUAGUAUUCUCUUUGCUUUUUCCAUCCUCGCGGUUUAUAAAACCUGGCAAUUCGUCGGAAUCGCUGCUUGUGGACGACAUGGUCACACUCUGACCAAAACAGACAAUUUCGCAUUAUGCACUCAAAGCCUCGAUUAUACUGCAGCGUUGAUGACACAUAUCCGGACGGAAAUUCUCAGUUCUGCAUGACAUAAUUUUGCACUUUGCACUUUGCAUUUUGCACAAAAGACUUUUCCAGUCGGUUUAUUAAGUCUCAGUUCUGAGCGCAUACAAAUGAUGAUAACUGGAAAUGGCAAAAAGAAUAUUCACCAAUGCAGACUUGAGACACUCUCGAGCUAAUUGGUAUGUAUGUGAUAAUGUAAUUAAAAUUAAGAAGACUGUUAUAACUUCAAUUACUGUGUUAGCAGUCAGACAGAAAUAUAUUCAUUCUUUAAUAAUUCUACUUCACGAUGAAUUUUGCAACAGGCUACAACAACUAUACGAAGAAGCUGAAAAUGAAAAAGUUUGCGUCAGUGAGAUACGGGAGGUGGUUCAGAAUGAGUUUCAAGGUGUCACCAAGGAAGAAACUGGCAGAAUAGUCAAAUAUGCCUUCCCAAGCAGUCAAAGGAAAAGGCAUCAUAGUGGAACAAACUAUUUUUACAAAGGGAUAAAGAAAAGAGCGGGUUAUAAUGAUAAUCAAUUUAUUGACGUGCCACAUCUUCAAGACGAUCAGUGUGCAAAAUGUCUUGAAAAUAAUUCGUCUUUAGAUACAUUACAGAAGUUAACAGGGCAGCUAAGAUCUGAUCUAGAUAAAGAAAAACAACAAAAUUCCGCAAUACGAAAUGAGUUAGAUCAAGUAGGUGACAGAUAUGAACAGAAAGAGAUUGAACACGCUGUACUGGAAGCUAAAUCCCUCAUACAGAAACAACAUGCCAAUGAACGGGAAAUUCAACUGAAAUCUGAGCUUGACUUAGUACGUAAAGAAAAAGAUCGCACAUUUAGCAAGUUAAAGGAAGCAAGGAAUCUGCUUGAUUCAGAAAAACAUAAAAGAACACUUUUGCACAGACACGCAAAAACAUCUGAAGCCACAUUGUGCGCGGAAAUCUCAAAGACUGCGAGUCUUAAUAUACCAGUUAUCGCGCAAGAUCAAUUAAUUUCUGAUCCUGAGAGCAAGGCAUAUAGUAAAGGCAUAGGUAGCGGCACAUUUGGAGACUGCUUUUUAAGAAGCUACAGAAACAUCGAAGUUUGCGUUAAGUACUGUCGUCAGUCAUCUUACGAAGAUGUUGUUAGGGAGGCAGAGUUUAUUCGCAAAUUGCAGGGUCAUCCAAAUCUUGCUAUUUUGUUUGGAAUCAGUCAUAAAAAGGAACCGGUACCAUACAUAGUAACUAAAUUCCAUGGUAGCAGAAAAAACACGAAGAAUACCUUAUAUUAUUUGCUUUCGCAAAAACAAUGUCAGUAUUCAGCGAAUGACUUUAUAAAACUUGCUUUAGAAUGUGCCAAAGCUUUAAUGCAUAUGCACAACAACAGCAUUUUGCAUAAUGAUCUCAAGACCAACAAUGUAGUGGUUGAAAUUGUCAACGAUCAACCAUGUGCUGUCAUAAUUGAUUUGGGUAAAAGUUGUUAUAUCCGAAACGCAAGAGUUAAACGGAUCCCCUCUCAUGAACGAGAUGCAUACAGGACACGGUAUCCGCAUAUUGCUCCAGAAAUAGUAAACAUGUCACGGUCCAAGUCGAUCGCCAGUGAUGUGUUUUCCUAUGGAAUUUUGCUUCAGAAAAUGAACUACAGAUGUGACAAAAAACUUGAGCAUGUUGUGAAAGUUGCUACGGAAGGAAAACCGGAGAAAAGAGCUUCUCUUGAUACCCUGAUAAGUUUUAUAAAACAGUCUGUGUAA